GUCAGGCCCUGCCCUUCAGGCCUUGCCUGCAACAUGAGGCCCGUCCUGAUCAUGGUCCCUGCCUGGCUGUGGCUGCUUUGCCUCUCCGUCCCACAGACUCUCCCCGAGGCCCAGCCUGCAGAGCUGUAUGUGGAAGUACCAGAAAACUAUGGUGGAAACUUCCCUUUGUACCUGACCAAGCUGCCACUGCCCCGUGAGAAGGCUGAAGCCCAGAUUGUACUGUCAGAAAACUCAGACAUGGCAGCUGAGGGCCCCUUUGCUGUCGAUCUGGAGUCUGGCUUCCUGCUGGUGACCAGGGCCCUGGACCGAGAGGAACAGGCAGAAUACCGGCUACAGGUCACCCUGGAGACUGAGGAUGCACGUGUCUUGUGGGGCCCGCAGCCUGUGCUUGUGCAUGUGAAGGAUGAGAAUGACCAGGUGCCCCAUUUUUCCCAGGCCAUCUACAGAGCUCGGCUGAGCCAGGGCACCAGGCCUGGCAUCCCCUUCCUCUUCCUUGAGGCUUCAGAUGGAGAUGAGCCAGGCGCAGCCAACUCGGAUCUUCGAUUCCACAUCCUGAACCAGGCCCCAGCCCAGCCAUCCCCAGACAUGUUCCAGCUGGAUCCUCGGCUGGGGGCUCUGGCCCUCAGCCCCGAGGGAAGCACCAGACUAGACCAGGCCCUGGAAGGGCCCUACCAGCUGUUGGUACAGGUCAAGGACAUGGGUGACCAGGCCUCAGGCCACCAGGCCACAGCCACCAUAGAUGUCUCCAUAGUAGAGAGCACCUGGAUGCCCCUAGAUCCUGUCCACCUGGCAGAGAAUCUCCAAGUUCUGUACCCACACCACAUUGCCCAGGUACACUGGAGUGGGGGGGAUGUACAUUAUCAUCUGGAGAGCCAGCCUCCUGGACUCUUUGAUGUGGACGCAGAGGGGAAACUCUAUGUUACCAGCGAGCUGGACCGAGAAGCCCAGGCUGAGUACCUGCUCCAGGUGCGGGCUCAGAAUAUCCAUGGCGAGGACUACACAGAACCGCUGGAGCUGCAUGUGGUGGUGAUGGAUGAGAACGACAAUGCGCCCGUCUGCUCCCCACGUGGCCCCACAAUCAGCAUCCCUGAGCUCAGCCCCCUAGGCACGAAUGUGACUAGGCUGUUGGCAGAGGACACGGAUGCUCCUGGUUCCCCCAAUUCCCACAUUGUAUAUCAGCUGCUGAGCCCUGAGCCUGAGGAGGGGGCAGAGAAGAGAGCCUUCGAGCUGGAUUCGACCUUGGGCAGUGUCACACUGGGGGCUGUCCCCCUCCAAGCUGGCCAGAACAUCCUGCUUCAGGUGCUUGCCAUUGACCUAGGAGGAGCAGAGGGCGGCCUCAGCAGCACAUGUGAGGUCACUGUCACGAUCACAGACAUCAAUGACCAUGCCCCGGAGUUCACCAGUUCCCAGAUUGAGCCCGUAUGCCUCCCUGAGGACACAGAGCCCGGGACUCUGGUGGCCACACUCAUGGCCACUGAUGCUGAUCUUGAGCCUGCCUUCCGCCUCAUGGACUUUGCCAUUGAGGCGGGGGAUGCCGAGGGGACCUUUGGCCUGGAUUGGGAGCCAGACUCCAAUCAUGUCCAACUGCGACUCCUCAAGAAUCUCAGCUAUGAGGCGGCUCCAAGUUACAAGUUGUUGGUGGUGGUGCAGAGCGUGGCAGAACUGGUGGGGCCAGGCUCAGGCCCUGGAGCCACAGCCACCGUGACUGUGCUGGUGGAGAGGGUGGUGCCACCCCCCAAGUUGGACCAGGAAAGCUACGAGGCCAGCAUCCCAGUCGGUGCCCCAGCUGGCUCCCUCCUGCUGAUCAUCCAGCCCUUAGACCCCAUGAGCAAUCCCCUCAGGUUCUCCCUGGUCAAUGACUCAGAGGGCUGGCUCUGCAUCGAGGAGGUCUCCGGGGAGGUGCACACGGCCCGGCCCCUGCAGGGCACCCGGCCUGGGGACAUGUACACAGUGCUUGUGGAGGCCCAGUAUGCAGAUGAGCCGACACUGAGCACCUCUGCGACUCUUGUGAUCCACUUCCUGAAGGCCCCUUCUGCCCCGGCCCCAACUCUGGUCCCUGUGCCCUCCCGACACCUCUGCACACCCCGCCAGGACCAUGGUGUGGUUGUCAGUGGACCCAGCGAAGACCCUGACCUGGCUGGUGGGCACGGUCCCUACAGCUUUGCCCUUGGUCCCAACCCCACAGUGCAGCGAGAUUGGCGCCUCCAGGCUCUCAAUGGUUCCCACGCCUAUCUCACCCUGGCCCUGCAUUGGGUGGAGCCACGUGAACACGUAGUCCCUGUAGUUGUCAGCCACAAUGCCCAGAUGUGGCAGCUCCUGGUCCGAGUGAUUGUGUGUCGCUGCAACAUGGAGGGGCAGUGCAUGCGCAAGGUGGGCCGCAUGAAGGGCAUGCCCACGAAGCUGUCAGCGGUGGGCAUCCUCGUGGGCACCCUGAUAGCAAUAGGCAUCUUCCUCAUCCUCAUCUUCACCCACUUGACCCUGGCAAGGAAGAAGGACCUAGAUCAGCCAGUGGACAGCGUGCCCCUGAAGGCAGCAGUUUGAAUGGUCCAGGCAGCCCCAGCUGGGAGCUUGGCCUCUGGCUCCAUCUGAAUCCAGUGGGAGAGGGCCCAGUACUACAGAUCCUCAGGGGCCAGGACAGAGUAGAAGCCCCUUCACCUGCCCUGGGGUGGAGGCAACAUCACCAGGCAUGUCUGCAGAGCAUGAACACUGACUUUAUGGGAAUGCUUCAAAUGGUGGCAUGUUGGUCCAAUAAUAAAGCCUCAGAGAGCUGGGCAUGGGCUAUAAGGGACUGCUGUGCUCA